AUGAAGCCUCUGCUUCUGACCGCUGUGCUGCUGGGGCUGGUGGCUGUCCUUGAGGCCCAGGAUGCCCUGUCAGAAGGCCAGGAGUUUCAGGGAAUCUGGUACAUAAAGGCCAUGGUGUCUGACAAGGUUAUGCCAGAGGACAAAAGGCCCUACAAAAUGUUCCCUCUAACCGUGACAGCCCUGGAAGGGGGGGACUUGGAGGCCACAGUUGUAUUCUGGAAGAAGGGUCAAUGUCGUGAGAUAAAAAUUGUGAUGAAGAAAAGCGACCGGCCUGGUGAAUACACCGCCUUUAAUGGCAAGAAGACUAUCUACAUCCAGAAGCUGCCAGUGGGGGACCACUACCUCUUGUACUGUGAAGGCGAGCACCAUGGGAAAUGGUUCCGCAAGGGAAAGCUCAUGGGGAGGGACCCUGAGGAAAACCCGGAGGCCCUGGAAGAGUUUAAGAAAUUCACACAGCUCAGGGGAUUCUCACAGAAAAACAUCAUUGUGCCUGAGCAGAGUGGUGACACAGGGACAGGGAACUGCACGGUCAGUUCUGUGUUGGUGGAGGAGAAUAAACACACAGCCACCUGGUGUCCAUAUACCUGA